AUGGAGCCUCUGUGGCCAUUUUGGUCAGGCUGGCUCGAGCGGUCCUCGGGCGAGCGAGGGGGACCGCUCGAGAUAGAAAGCGAGUUUCUCUCAUCGUAUCUGCUGCAUAUCAAGCCCUUCGAGCUCGACAUCUCCGCCUACUGGAACAGCCCUGAGGACCAGCUCCCAGAGGUCGAUCUCCAAAUCGUGAUGGCGAAUGAGCAGCAGUCCGGCAGCAAGAUUCCUGUGUGGAAUGGUGAGGCCUCCAGUUUAGAGAGUUUCGAGGAGAAAGUAAAGCUGUGGGUCCUGGGCACGAAGAAGGAUGACAGAAUCUACCUUGGCCCGCGCCUGGUUCAGGCGAUGGACGAGGAUUCGCAGCAGUGGUUCGAGGCGAAGAAGGUGUCGCUCGAUGACCUUGUCAAGGAAGACGGAGCUGAAAAGGUUGUGGAGGCACUCAAGGGAGUUCGAGGUACGGUCACGAUGCAGGAGGCUGUGUCCAAGUGGAGAGAGUUUAUGCGUGGAGUGUAUCGGCAUCCAGGUGAAGGUCCGAAGCGAUGGGUCUCUCGUUUCGACAUCCACCUGAGCAAGAUCGGGAAGGAGCAGGCCGCGGUGCUGGCGACCAGCGGCCCCAAGGGCAACUCGUACCUCUAUCAGGACGUGAAGAAGGCACUGGCUGAGCAGUGGUCAGAGGAGCAACUGGCAUCGCGGGACAAGCAGAAGGGGUACAAGGCCAGAAAGGGCGCUCACGCGGUCUUCGAUGACGCCGACGAGCUUGCCGCCUACGCCGAGGAGGUCUACGACGAGGCGUACAUCGACGGGUUCGAGGAGGCAGCGGACAUCACGGAGUCAGCGAUGACGGCAGCCGAAGACCUGAUGACUGCCGCGCUCGGUGAAGAGCCCAUAGGAGACGAGGAGCAAGGAGAGGAUGCGCUGGCAGCGGCCGCCUCGACUCACGAGACGAACGAGUGGACGGAGACGGCCUUCGCGGCUUCGAGGACGUUCGUGGAGGCGAGGAAGCUGAUCAACGAGGUCAAGAACGCCAGGGGCUACUUUCCAGUGGUAGUCCUGGGUGCCUACGACUCGCUCCCGACUCAACCCGCCGCUGGAGCUGGACGCGGACGGGCAGUGAGCCGGGGCGGGCCACCUCGCAAGGGCAAGGGCAAGGAUCGAGGCGGCGUGGCAGGCCGCGGCAAGGGUCGCGGUCAAGGUCAGAAGCGUCCAGCAGCGCUUCCGAAGGACUCGAACUCGGGGACCAAUGACAAGUUCAAGGGGGCUUGCCUGCUCUGCGGCGAGCCGGGCCACAAGGCAAGGGACUGCCCCAAUCGGGGCAACGGCGGCGCCCAAGGGGAGAGGCGCCGGGCUUUCAACAGCUUCGUUGGCGCGGCCGACGGCUACAGCAAGAAGGUCGAGUUCGAGGACGUCCAGGACGUGUUCAUCGGCACGGUCAAUGACGAGGGCGAGGCCAAGGACGGCGACGAGGAAGGGCUGGACGAGUUCGUGGCCUUCAGCAUGGACGACUGCAAGGGCUACGCGCUCCUGGACGGUGGAGCGUCCAGGUCCGUUGGAGGCGUGGAGCAGCUAGAGUACGUGAACGAGCGACUGAGCGAGCCCAUGGAGGUCAGCCCGGACAAGAGUCUGGGAUUUUCGUUUGCUGGAGGCGACCGGGCCGACGCGCCCUCACGGGCGACCUUCAAUGUGAAGGUCCUGAACGACGAGGCGGUGAGCAUCUACGUGCUGGACCGUCAGUCUCCCGUGCUACUGGGAAUCGACAUGCUGAAGAAGCACGGGCUCGUGAUCGAUUACUUCCACAACACCGUGUACUCCCAUCGGUUCAAGCGUGAGAUACCCACGAGAGUGCUCCCGUCAGGGCACUUGGCACUGAAUCUUACUGCUCUGGGCAACGAGGCCUCGAGCGCAGUCAGCGAAUAG